AUGCUUAAAAACAGAAAAUGUUCAUAUUGCGACGAAGAACUUAUUGAAAACCGAUGUAAAGAAUGCGAUUCUCCAUAUCGAAUAAGCGAAGGAUGGACCAGUGGAGAUGUUUGUAUUGACACAUUUAUCAAGGAUACAAUGUAUAAAGCAAGGAAUGGCGGAAGAUGGCUUGAGUGGAUAUCAUUUGAUAGAAUUAUUGACAUAGAAUUAUAUGAAGAUGGAUUUGAUAAAGUUUAUGUGGCGGUAUGGUUGGAUGGCAGAGAUAAUUACCUUGAGCAGAAUGGAAGUUUGAAAAAUGAACCGCAACCUGUAAAAGUUUUCUUGAAACAAUUUAAUUUAUUAACUAAUUGUUUAAAUGAGAUUAAAAACCACUGGGAAUUCUUUAACAUAGAUGUUGCUAUUUCAUCAAAGUUUUAUGGAAUGUCUAAACAUCCGGAAACUCAAGAAUUUAUAAUGGUCACUCACUAUGGAAAUCAAAAAUCUUUGCGGACUUUACUUGAAAAUGAUAAAAAGUUAUUAUGGAAACAAAAAAUUGAAAUAUUACGUGAUACUUCAUUUAAACUCAAGAAAUUACAUGAGUUAGGAUACAGUCAUAAUAAUUUCCAUUAUGGAAGUAUAAUGCUAGAUGAUGAUUCAAAAAUUUAUAUUACGAAUUUUAAACUAACACAAUCAAUUAAACAGCGAAUUGCACCAAAUAACAAAGUAUUGGAAUUAAUGCCAUAUAUUGCCCCUGAAAUUAUAAAGGGAGAAUCAUAUUCUUUAGCUUCUGAUAUCUAUAACUUUGGUAUAGUUAUGAUUGAAUUUUCGACUGGAAAAUGUCUAUUUGAAAACAAGGUUAGACCAGAAUUUGGAAAAGGAACUCCCGAAAUUUAUAAGGAUUUUGUUAAUAAAUGUAUAAAUGUUAAUCCGGACCGAAGGCCCACAGCACCUGGACUAUACAAGCAAUUAAAAUUUUGGUAUAAAUGUAUUAUUGGAGAUUGUGCUGAAUUUGAUAAAUAUGGAGAAAUGGUAAAAUCAGCAUUUGAUAACGCAGAUAAUUAUAAUGAUGAAGACGUUGAAGGUAAUUAUAUUUAA